UCUGUCAUCUCAUAGUUCAAGCCAUCGAACCUUUUUAAGGUUACUAAAUUCAGGCAAAGUCAUUUGGACGCUCAAACAAAGUUAACAUACCCGUUACCGGUAACCCUUUCUCAGCAUGACGUUGGUUCACAUUGUCCUCUUCAAGUUCCGCCCGGACGUCUCUGAAGAGCACAAGGAGACUUUUGUCCGGGAGCUCAAGACGCUCAAGUCCCUGCCAUGCGUCAAGGACCACCGCCUGAUCGUCGGCGGGCCUUCCGUCACGGAUCCCAUCGAGAAGAGUAAGGGGUACCAGUUUUCCCUGCUGAGCUUCCAUCAAGACCGCAAGGCGCUCGAGGAGUACCAGGCAAGCGCGGAGCACCACAGGGUCACCAGCACUUAUCUUUGGCCGUUCAAGGAGGACGUCACGCGGUUUGACUUUGAAGUGGCGGAGGAAGACGAAUACAUGUGCCAGUUUGUUGCGAACGGACUGGCAAACGGCUCGGCGUAGGCGGGCAAGGCUUGUGAUGUUGCAACGAGUAGGCAGUGUUUUGUAGCACAAAAGCACAUGUAAGCGAUGGAAUUCGGAAAGCUAAAUACUCUCCGGUUAAUGUAAGAUACGUAGUGUGAAGACUGGAGAAGAUUGGCUGUUUCUUUUCCAGCUACACUGGCACAGUCUAAGAUGCAAGUGGCUGUGACUUCACUUUAAC